AUGAAGUUCACAGCCUUUGUCCUUGCGUCGGUUGCAGCCAUGGAGCAGUCCAAUCUGACCUUGACGACCGAAGAAAAGGCCGUCUCGGGUGACGCGCUGCAUACCAAACUACGCAGCAACCCCCAGUCACCCCCCAGGUCGAUAUCGAGUUCCCAAUCUUCCCCGUCCACGGCGAGUUCCCAAUCCGUCCCGUCCAUUCCAUCUAUGCGGGAUGUACCAAUAGUCCAGCCCUUGCUCAUGGAGGCCCUUGGGAUAUUCGUACCGAUGAUCACGAGUAUUAUGUCCAGUGUCAGCUCCCAGUCACCCCCCCCGUCCACGUCGAGUUCCCAAUCCUCCCCGUCCACGUCGAGUUCCCAGUCCUCCCCGUCCACGGCGAGUUCCGAAUCCGUCCCGUCCACUCCGUGCUUGCGGGAUGUACCGAUAGUCCAGCCCUUGCUCAUGGAGGCCCUAGGGUUUUUCGUACCGAUGAUCACGAGUAUUAUGUCCAGUGUCAGGUCGGCUGCCGAACCCAUCACGUCCAUGUCCAAGUCUGGCUGCUCCGACUGCGACGCGUGCUACUACCCCGAUGGGAACUCGUGCUUGCGUGGCCUUAGUCAAGAAGACUGCAACUACUACAGUGACACCUACGGCACCAAGUGGUGCGUCAACUAG